ACCCAUUCCUGCUGGUGGCAGUCGUGUAAGCCAUAUUUGUCAGUGGGUUCGCUGGUUUAGUUGAGUGUUGUGUGUCUCGUACUCCAUUCCGACCUGUAAAUACUCCACCGUACAAAAUGUCAGGCAUCAGUGAAGAAAAUCCCGUCUAUGGCCCCUUCUUCGGCGUCAUGGGAGCGGCGGCCGCGAUUAUUUUCAGUUCACUGGGUGCAGCCUACGGCACAGCCAAAUCAGGCACCGGAAUAGCAGCAAUGUCUGUGAUGAGGCCAGAACUUAUAAUGAAAUCUAUUAUUCCUGUUGUCAUGGCGGGUAUUAUUGCUAUUUAUGGUCUAGUUAUUGCUGUUCUUAUCGCCGGAGGUAUCGAAUCCGCCGCCAAUAACUACUCGUUGUACAAAGGUUUCGUGCAUUUGGGUGCCGGACUUUCGGUAGGUUUCUCUGGUUUGGCGGCCGGUUUCGCUAUCGGCAUCGUCGGUGAUGCCGGUGUGAGAGGUACGGCGCAGCAGCCCCGUCUAUUCGUCGGAAUGAUCCUCAUUCUUAUUUUUGCUGAAGUCUUGGGUCUUUACGGCCUUAUCGUAGCCAUCUACCUCUACACAAAAUAAGUUUUUUUUAAGUGUAAAACAAAGUAAUCAUCCUCUAAAACCAGUCCUUCAACCCCUUGAAAAUCCAAUUUCCCUCCCUAUCUUUAAAACAAAACCCAACUUUUCGAAAGUUAUCACAAUCUUCUGUUUUUAAUGUUUAUUGUAUAAAAUGAUGUAUAAAACCGUGUGGUAAACUUUAAUGAAUAUGACGGACGAGCGAUAUUGGUGUAAAUAGUUUAUUGUGAUGGAACGCGUAUUUGAGAAAUGCGGGUUUUGUCAUUGUAAAUAAUUUUGAACUGGGGCUUUUUCAGUGGUGCCAACACUGACUGUCAUUUUCAUGAAGGGUUACGUCUUGAUAAAUUAAUUAUUGUAUAGUUAUUAGUAGUUUGUUAGGUUAUCAUUUCAUAAUAUGCGAUUUAAGGGUCUACGAACUCUAAGUAUUUCAAGUUAAAAAAUAAAGUUACAAAAGUAGCACAAUUAUUUUUAAUUUCAUGAUGUAAUACGUAAUGUUUGAUUUCUCUCCUUGUCGACAAGCCUAGCAUCGUCUCCAUUUUUUUUUGUUUCUCAAUUCGACAUAUCAUCAACUUUGUUAAAUUGAUUGUUCCUUAGCAGAGUACAGUUCACGAUUGCUCAUUGUUUCGUUAUUUUAAUCGUUUGUCUUUCCAUAUGUUCAGGUGCAGCGUUGUCAUGUUAUUAUUAAAACAAAACCUAUAAAUUCAACAAAGUUGUUGUAAAUAAUGGCAACAUUAUCUAUGUAUCGAUCGAUGGUUUGGUGUCCAUAGUAUAUACGUGUUAGCCUUCUUGUAGUUUAGCUUUUCGACGCUAGGGGCGCGACCGUGAUCAUCAUUGUUCAAGAAACAAGCGAAUUGCAGCCCCGCCCCUGCGUCUUUAAUCUAAGAAUGUUAAUAGUAUUUUUUCCCGUGAUGAUUUUUAGUACCCAAGCACUUGGCGGCGAUUCCACUCGUCACUUAGAACGAACAUAACAUAGAAACGGCUCUGUUGUAUGAAGGGAACAGCAAAAUUAUGUUGAAAAUAAAUAAUUUGUACAUUCCAUUACAAUUUCUGUUUUGUGAAAUUUGUUUUAUUUUAUUGUCCGCUUUUAGUCUUGUUUAUGUACAGUUUUAACGAAAUAUACUGCUUCGAUUUAUAAAUCAAACUAUUUAAUCGCAAACCAGUCGAUUUGGCCUAAGCUUGUAGAUUUUUCAAAAACGAAAGACAAAUAUAUCAAUGUAGUCCCGUUAUGCUAAACUGAUUUUUUCUUUGUGUUUAUGAGAAUACAAGAUAUUUUGUUAAUGUUUAAA